GUUAUUACAAUCAAACUUGAAAUGUUGCCAUUGGGGAGGAGUCUGUUGCUGAUCUCUUCUUCGAACAGUCGUCGUCUCACAGUUCUCCAAAUGAGGUUUCAAGGGUCAAGUGACCCAAAGAAACCUGGCAGACAGAAAGAAGAGCAGGAAAAUUUUGACGGAGAAAAUAUCUCCCUGAAGCAGUCAGAGGGUUCGACAGAGGUUGAUGACGAGACCGUUGAAAUGUGGAAUCACGACGCACCUAAUGGACCAGAGUGGGGCGGUCCUAGAGGGUAUGAACCAACAAAGUUUGGUGACUGGUCUAAAAAUUGUCGAGUUACAGAUUUUUAAAGUUUUUCCGUUUUUGCUGUGUAGCAAGUAGUCGCUUGGGAUCUGAAGAAGCAGAAUCCAGAGUGAAAUUCGAAUGAUAUGCAUAGUGUUUUAAUAGUUUGUCUGCGUAGCACCCUUUGUAGAGGCGCUCUGAAGAAAUUUAGUUCAGACUAGUUAUUCAGGGGCAUUUAUUGUCUCUUGAUAAACGCACUUGUAAAUAAGUUUCGAAAUAACCUUAUUUGUAACAUACUAGCAAUGAGGCGUUCCAAGUCAAGUCUGAAAAAUUGUUGCGACUAUGAAAGUUCAAUUGCAGCUAGUCUUGCAUAUUCCGAAUCAUUUACCCUCGAUAGAAGAAUUCGAGUCGAUAAUAGAUGGCUCUGAAGACUACGAUUCUGUUGGAGUCACGCUUUUCGUUUUUCUAAACCCAAAUUAUCCCAGAAAUAAACCGCCAGAUGAAAUU